CUUCUGGGUUGAUGUAAUGUAACUGACCGACCGCGCAGCUUCUGUGUCAGUGUUUGUCAGCUGCUGAUUCUAUUGUUGUGACCAAGUACGGAAUUCUCGGAAUCCUCAGCAGGCACAACUAACCCUGGUUGCCAACCAACCUUCUGUCCUCAGGGGACAGCAGGUUCCUCUGAUGUCGUGCUCUCCGAGUUGACAAAAUCCACAAAUUUAAAUCACCUCCAACAUCAUUCAAGACUGAAAUAUAAAUUGUGCUCAAGCAGAAAAUAAUAAACUAAUAUCUGUAAAAAACAGAAGAAGGCUCUCUCAUAAGGAUGAGUUCCGAGAAAAUUGAGGUUGUUGAGGAGAGGGUGGAGAUCGACGCAGUGCAUCAGAGAUUCCAGUCGAGGGAGCACCUGCUCUUCAUUUGUCCACAGUGCAAAACCAAAAAGCCCACCGAAGAGCGGAUACAGCGGCAUUUUCUGAAGAAAAAGUGUUUCCCCGUCAAUUCCGCCUGCACACAAUGCGGAGGACCAGUGUUUUUCUACACGUUUGGAUCCAAAGAAACCAGACUGUCCCACGACUGUGAAAAGUGGGCCAAGUUUAGCCGGAAAUUAUCCGAAAAUGAUGGCAAUAACUGCACCACUGACAGUGAUGCCAGCUCAAUUGCUGAAACGGAAAGCUCCCUGGCGUCCAGUUAUUCCUAGGUGCUUUCCUAGGAAGAUUGUAGUAUAAAUUUUAAUGCAGUUUGACUCAUUGAGUUAAAAAAGGAAAACUUAAAUAAAAUAAUAAGGAUUUUA